UUGUUCGCCCGAUGCUCUAAUUUCACGGGGACAAUGGGGAACACGAAUUCAACGUGCGAACGGUGGAAGUCAAGGGAUUAAAGGGACGCCUGAAUAGGUGUUCCGAAUCUACUUAAACCGAUAGAAAACUCCGCCCACUGGACCAUGUCAACGAUCUGCUUCGUGUGCAACCUGCCGAUCCUGAGCCAUCAGGUGUGCCUGGAAUGGAAGGGUGGGAACGGAUGGGACGACCUCGUGCGCGAACAGGUGGAGGAGUCCACUUUGAAGCAACGACUCGGAACCGGAAGACGCGACUCAACUACACAGAUCUCGCCGCCGAACGAGGCUCAUGACGCGCUGCCGACAAAUCAGCGCCGUCGCCGGUCCAGUUUGGCCCAGCUGACGGAUAUCCUGAGGGAACUGAGCGGCGGCAGCGGUUCCGGGAAGGCCAACCGCGGGAACAAGCUCUGUCGACGCGAGACGCUGGCGGACAUCGCGAAGUCCAUGCGCUGGUCCAGGCAAACGACGGACGCGAGUCACUUGGAGAGACUUCGCAAACGACGAGAGAGCUCCGUGGAUAGCAGGAUCACGAGCCAGGCGUCGACAAAAUCGAGAAGGGAGUCGACGAUCACCGACCUGAAGAACGAUAUCGUUAAACUAUGGAGCAAGAAGAACACGACUCAGCAGCAGCAGCAAGCGCCGAAAGUCAUUUCACCUACACCUCGACGCGAUUCCGAGUGUUCGAGGAAUUCGCGACGUGGUUCAGGGGAAAGCGCAAGAUCUAGAAGAGACUCAGUGGUCGCUGGACAGACCCCUAGUCCUGGUGAACGGAAACACAACUGCCGGCACCAUAGACGCAGACAAUCGCAGCAGUCAAUGGACGGCAGCACUGUCGUGACGCCGCCGAAAUAUGACAGACUCGAUCAAAGACCAAGUGCCUCUAGCACCGAUAGCACUGGCAGUAACGCUAUCAGAGAACACUUAGAAACCAGAAGCUCGAUAGAAAAAUGCGACCGGUCGAGCAGCAUCGAGAAGCCAAGUCUGACAGUCGACACCAAAACUGUCACGCUGACUACCACAACCACCACUACCACGACGUCCACCAUCAAUGGUAAGACGCCGGUCACCUCGUCCGUCGAAUUAAAGACGUCAACGAUGUCAACCUCGACGAUGGCCACCAUGACAUCCAUGUCUACCACAUUGGCUCCCGACAGCAAAUACUUGAGCCUAGAAUCGUCGAUCACUCCCCCAACGAUCGUCAUGUCGUCGGUGACACCUCCGUCGAUCUCGCCGACGGCUGGCAGAGUCCUUCCGCUUCCGGGAACUUCGACAUCCGGCGGCUCCAGUCCCGUCAGCUCGCCCAACGUCAACACGCCGACGCAUCCUUUAGCCAGUACCAGGAGAGACUCGACUACUCAGUGUUAUUACAAGGCGAAGGAAGCGUACACGAACAAAGCGUCGAGACUGAUACGGCAAGCAGCGACGAUAGACGAGUCGAUGCCACCUGCAGGACGCCGCGGGAGUCAGCCGACGUUAUCACCUGAUCCCGACGAAGGAGGACGGAGGGCUCGUAGGGACUCAUUAAGCCCGGAUUCCGCUUCUUAUCCGAGGCGACGCGACUCGAAGAGCCAUCUGAGCCCGGACAGGAACGUCGAUAAAAGGGAUCUCAGGAGGCAGUCGGCGUCAAUGGCCGGCCGGCCACCCAGGUCUGCUAGUAGGACACGUCGAUCGCCGGACGGCUCAUCCUGUUCCUCGAGGGAGCCGAGUCCUUGCGCUCGAGCGUCAUCGAGGAGCGCGCAACAGGCUCCGAUCGUGCGAAGACAGUCGGUGACGGAUGAAAUAAUGAUGGCCCGCGGUUUUUGGCGACAAAACACCACGGAAGAGAUGAUACGUUUGAGGAACUUUCGUAAACAGAGCUCGCAGAGCGACGAGGCAGUUCAACGAUUUCGAGGGCGGAGAGACAGCUCGGCGCAAAUCACGGACGGCACGUUGGCAUCGAUGACGGUCGAGACGUCGAGCACCGUUUUCGACAGUAGUACGCAAACUGAGCCGUCGCCGUUGUACGACAACAAUCACUACCAUGAGGAAUGCUCAAAAUGUAACAGCUGCGGCGUGAAUCUCACGGGACCGAAACAGAAACAGGCAAGACGAUUUAAAAAUCAAAUACUUUGCGAUCUUCACUUCGCUGACGUGGCGCUGAUGGAGUGCUCGGACUUCAUGCAGCAAUUGCGCAGCUUCAAGCCACAAAGUUUAGGCUGCGCAGUUGCGAGAAGGAAAUCAUCGACCACGCUGAUCUUCCCGUUGCCGUCGCAGGCGUGCGUAGAGGAGUUCUGCAGCGAUUACCCGCACAAUCUGGAGCCGACGCCCGGCUACUGGAUCGAGUGCUCGCGGCAGCAGAUCAGGCCCCACAAGCUCUGGAACGAAAGCGAGAGCGGCGAUGGGACCGAUCCAGAACAAGGCGACGAUGAGCCUGGUCCAAGGCGGCACGAGGACGACAGUUACUGUUUCUACGAGGAGCCGGAAGUGGAAACGGACGAGAUGCCCAGGAAGAAGACCACCAUCGAGGAGCAAUGGGAGAAGAACCAGGGAUUCGAGCUCACGUCCGUCGAGCAGGAGACUUACGAGAAGUACUUCUACCAGCGCGAGCACUGGAACUACUUCACUAACGACGAGGAUCUCGGCCCGGUGAUAUUGAGCAUUAAGCAGGAGACGCUGAACAACCGAGAUCAGUUCAGAAUCCUCGUCAGGGCCAUUAGCUAUACGGUCCAUGGCCUGAUACCUGCCAGCUGCGUCUUUGCUGAUCGGUACAACCGCGAAGCAGUUGUCCGCAGCCUCGGCGAAGAGGUGAACGUGAAACCAGCCCUGACUCUGGGUCAGUUACCAGACACUCAAGAGGAGCUGCUCAAGUUGGAUCAAGUGUUUAUAAAGUCGGAGCUGAAGGUUGGCGUGAUUUACGUUCAAGAAGGCCAGCUCACCGAAGAGGCGAUCCUCGACAACAACGAGAAUUCACUAUUCUUCGAAGAGUUCCUGCAAAUCCUCGGCGAUAAAGUACGGUUGAAGGGUUUCGACAAGUACAAGGGCGGUCUGGACACCAUCCACGAUCUGACCGGCUUGUACUCUGUCUACACGAACUGGAGGGGCAUCGAGAUCAUGUUCCACGUUUCCACGAUGUUGCCUUACGAGAAGAACGAUCCCCAGAAGCUCCAACGAAAGCGACACAUCGGCAACGACAUAGUGUGCGUCGUGUUCCUAGAAGCCGACAACACUCAGUUCAACCCGGCGUGUAUAAAAUCGCAUUUCCUGCACACGUUCAUUCUGGUGCGCGUCAGCCCGCGUAUAAAAAGAAAAGUUACUAGAUACGAGGUGUCCGUUGUAACAAGGGACGAAGUAGGCGCCUAUAAGCCAUACCUGUGGGAACAGAAUGUCUUUGAGAAAGGACCGAUGUUCCGCGAAUGGAUUCUAACGAAAAUCGUGAACGGAGAAAGGGCGAGCUACUCGGCACCAAAGUUUGCACGAAUGCAAGAAAGGACGCGGAGUCAACUGCUGGAAGAUAUCGUGACCAAUUUGGCCAAUCACGCGGAGACUGGAGAAAUUCCGAAACCAUAUAGGCGUGGUUCUUGGAGACCAAUCGGUCACAUGAGACCAUCCUCGCCACUUUUGGAUUCAGUCAGAGACCAAUUUGAGGAUUAUGAUCAGCUUUCGAAGGAUUUCACGCGGGUCUUCUUGAACAACGAAGGCAACGCCAUGUUGAAUGCAAAUUUGUUCGACGUGACCUUCUUUGUGUCUGGAUACCAGAAGCAGAGGGUCAAAUUCAUUGGCGUCAGAGCUAUUCUGGCGGUGAGAAGCAGUGUGUUUCAAGAAAUGCUGUACGGAAUUCAACCAGGUUUCGGAAGCCCUCAGGUGCCGGUCGCUGAAAUGCUCGCCAGACCAGCACCCACUUUGCUCAGCCCACAAAAACCGCGAAGUUCGAACUUCCUUCAAGUUCCUGACAUGGAGACUCCCAGACCUAAAAGUGUGCCGCCCUCGCCGAUGAUGAAACGCGCGUUCUCGAAGUUCUUUGGCUUCCAAAGCGGCUCGGGAAGAAGCAUGCGGAAGGACAGCGACGGCAGCACCCUGCAAUCCGAGGAUCGGAAACGCUGGGCAAGUUCCCAGGAUUGCAGCAAAGACAAAGAGGCAAAAGAAAAAGAAAAAGCUGCUCAGCAGCUAGCAGCGCCAAGGCUCAGCGUGUUCGUCAACGCGCAGAAGGUGGACAGUGCAAAGUUAGCGCAGACGGAGUUUAACAUCGUCGAAUUCGAUCCAGAAACAUUCAGAAUCCUUCUGGACUACUUGCACACUGGUUCCUGUCCUCUAACCUGCAGCAACAUACCUGGUCUGAUCUCCGCGGCAGAGCACUAUGACCUGCCCGAUCUUCUUCAGGCGUGUUUCCAUCACGCGAAACAGUUUCUGCGGAUCGAGAUCGUUUGCGUGAUGCUCUGCACACUGGAGAACUACUACUGGCGGUACGAAUCAGCAAGAGAACUAUUCAACAUGAUCCUCGCGUUCAUCAAGACCAGAGCUAACCAACUGUUCAAGAACUCGGGAUUCUUGACACUGAGCGAGUCCGUGGUGCAGAUGAUCAUGGGCAGCAACCUCGAGGUCGAGGAGAUCGCGAAGUUCGAGGCAAUGCUGAGCUGGGCAAAACACAGGAUCAAGACCAAGACGAAGAUCUCUGACCCGAAGUUGGAGUUGAAGUGCAUCAUGGAGAGGCUCAGUAAAAAUCUGGAGCUUUGUAGGAUAUCGCCGCAGGAGCUCAUAAGGAUCGUCCUACCAUCACACGCGAUCAGAAACGAGAAUAUCCUGAAGACGCUCACGCAGCAAGCGGACACCGGCGUGUACAAGAACGUAGACGCGUGUUUGAAAACGUACGAGAAGAACGUGCAGAACCAGAAGAGCUUCGACUGCGGAAUGUAAGAAAUACGCGUGGAAAAUAUAAAUUCUUUCAAACCCUCGUAGAUGGGAAAAGAAUCAACGUGUACCUGAGAAGUAGACUCUAACCGAAGGUUCGCCAUGAUCAAAUAGCGACGCUUGUGUUCCACACAGAACAAAAGGAAAAAGAAAACAAUAUUUCAGCCACGACUUCAUCGUCUAGAUAAUCACUCAGAGAAAACGCUUCGAGAGUUGUGAUGAUCGAUCGCCUCGGAAAUCCGAAUCCCGUCUGUUUUCCGGGAAACUCGAAUCGCUGAGAAUUCGUUUAGGCCGCGUGUCAACUGGAACGAAGUUCUCGGUCGGUGUUUUUAAAAAAAAGAACGAAAAACCGCGAGGGGUUCACGAAGCCUGAUGUAACAGUGAGACCAUCGACGAAAGUCUCGCUUCGGGCUUCCUCGAGCGGAAUUGUAAUCAGCUUUCACGUCUGUCGCGCGACGUAGAUGUCUUAGCUCGUAAGAAAAAUCGUUUUCGCCCCGAUCACCGAUCAUCCGCAACGAAAAUAUAAAAAGCGACGCUUCCCUUCGCGAAAGGGAACGAGAGGGAGUCUUCGAUCGUGUUUCGAGAAGUUUCAUCGAUUCGGCGGACGAUCGAAUUUGGAGAAAUGCACAAAUUUCAUAUCGUUUUAGGGAUAAAGGUGAGAGCGAGGUUUAGUCGAUUAAUUAAUCGAGCGAAGAACUGAGGCUUAGAGUCGAUUAGACGAAGCGAAUUAAUUAGAGAAAUCGUGCGAUCGUGUCUGGAUGCGGUGAAAGUAGUGUAGCCGCCAUUUUAUGGCGCUGCGAUCGCUCGGCGACCAUCUUGUAGUCGUACCGGACCGAGAGAACAGAGGGAAUACGAAUAGUUUUUCGUCCAGAAUGCGAAACAGUAUCGAAACAGAGAAGUUUCCGAAAGAUAUUUGCCGGCGACGAGAAGCCGAACAUGACAAUCUGUAUCAUAAACAACAAGAUUAGAAGAAAAACUGAAAAAUAAAAAAAGUAAACGCGAAGACAAGGGGACGCUAACUAUUAGUUACGGUAUUACACGAUAAGGGAACUAACUGGUAAGCUUGAAUGAAUUUACCGUACAUGCAUAUAUGAAUAUAUAAAUAUAAAUAUAUACAAGUACACGUAUAAGGGCGACGCUAAUGAUAACAAUAAUACUAAUAAAACGAUAAGAGUACGAGUAAAGUAAAUAGUAAUAUAAAACGACGUUGAUGUUGAUUGUGGAAUUCAAAAUGAGGCGACGAAGAAACAAAACUAAGGGGAAAAAAGAAAAAAAAACUUAUGAAAAAAGUAUUCGAAGUCUGUUCUGUUUUCUAUCGUAGUUUUUGUAUCUUCAAUACUCUAAGACAGAAAUUCUAAAAUUCACGAGAGCAAGCUGGAAAGAUAUAUAUAUAUAUAUAUUAUAUACAUGCAUAUAAUGAAUAUACGAAAUGUCGAAAGGAUUGAGGCGACGACUCCUCGUUUCUGACCACCAUACGACGAUCGACGAGACAACAAACGUGAUUUGUUCAUGGUUUUAUUCACGUUUAAGUUGUUUUGUAUUCAGCAAUGUGUCAUACGAAUAUUAUUUACUUAGAGGAUGUCCAGAAAUCGAUUAACAGGUCUGAAAUGUAAUUGUUACUGUGAAAGCCCGAUAUUUGAAAAUGUUAAAUUUCUCCGGAAAAUUCUAACAUUUAUCAACUAAUAUCAGUAUCGAUUCCAAAUAUUAUAAAAUUAAUAUUUAUUUCGUACUUUUACGAAGACAGUUGGAAAAUCUUAACCCUUGGCAGUCGAAAGCAACUCUCCGCCAUUUGGUUUGAUGCCGAACGAUUCAAAAGUUCAAUAUUCAAUAUUAAAUUCUGUAGAAUGCAUUGAAAUAUUGAUUAACCGAUUGAAAUAUUACAAUAAAAUAGCUGUUCUUUAAUUUAUAUAUAAUUGUUCUUUUCGUUAAAUACUAGAUGUUUAUUUCAAAUGAAACAACUUUCGAAUCCAAAGGUUAACAUUUACUAUAACCUAAACCAAAUUCACACCAGACCAAUAACAAAUAACUCUUACUAUGAUUUAUUGGUAAAUCCUAGAAUUUGCUUGAAAAAUCUAACAUUUCUCAGUAUUGAAGCUUCUACGGUAAUUCAAACUGACCCGACUCAAUCGCUACACCUUAAACACAAAGCAAGAAAGAAGCAAAAAGAAUACAAAACACACGGAAUUCCGAAUGACGAUAAUAUUAUUCUGUUUGUCCUUCCAUUUUUCCUCUUCCACGCUAUCCCCUCAAAAAAAGUAUGUCCCUCGCCAAGAAAAAAGGAAUACAGCCAAUCAGAAGAUAUUUUUUAAACGCGUUUUUAAUACCCGCUCGUCGUAGAUUUCGUUUCGUUGCACAGAGCAACGGUAGAAGUCGCACGAGGAGUAACAGUGUAACGAAGGAAGCGUUGAAGAGAAAGAGGAAGCUAACCGAAAAAAAAAGAAAGAGAGGUCAUUCAUCGAUUCCCCGGCGCGGGGGAUCGUCCAACUGUUAAGUGUCUUAUUGUUCAGGCAAGCGGCUGGACGAAAGUAGCACUUUGUUUCGUUAUUUUUUUUCCCCUCGAAGAAAGCACUGAGAACUAUCGCUUAGUAAUCGGCGGCUCCGGUGGAUCCGUGGAUCCGGUGACGUCAAAUCGGUCGCGCUCGGGUAGACAGAGGAAAUGGCUAUUUGUAAUAUUUUUACAGUACCGUAGAGCCGAGGGGCGCCCAAGCGCGAUCGAAGAGACGGCCGAGCGGGACUGCCGAACCUAAAUUAAGGUAACAUUAAUAUGCAACCGCAUGUGUAGCCGUAAAACAAGCAAAAAGACAAAAAAAACGUGUCGUUGUAAACGUGAACUCGUUUGUAAAAACGAAGUGUCGAAUUCGAUGUGCGACGAUCGGUCACGAAACGGUCGACUCUUUUUUCCGGCGUGGAUCUUUGGGUGAUAGAUCGACGUUGACGCGCUGUCAGACGAUGAACGAAUAUUUUAAAAACGAUAUUGGUCAUUCUUCUUUUGCCAGAGAAGAGAUUUGUGUAAUUGGAAAAGUAAUUCGAUUGACAUAUAGAAUUUUCGCAAUUGGUUAAUUGCAAUUGAAACUAAAUACAUUGAAUGGAUUGCAAUUAGUUAAUGGAAAUUAAAAUUUGUAUGAUUAAAUGAAUUGCAGUUAGUUCAUUGUGAUUAAAUAAAUUGUAAUUAUAUUAAUUCAAUUAUGAGACAUAAAAUCGUAACUGUAAGAACGUAGUAUUACACGGUUAACGAAUGAACGUGGUAUUACGAUAUUUACAGUUCUUAUUUAUCAAUACUGAUUUGUUCAUUAGAUAUUAGUGUUAAAUUGUUACCGAAUAGUACCUAAUUGAGUAUUUCUGCCAACAUUCAAUUUAACAUUAAUCAGAGAUAGCGUGGUACUGUCCGAUUAUUCGUUUGACGCAUAAACCUCACCGAUACGUGAAUCUAAACAUUUACUUGUCGCGUAUAAUCCUUUAAGACUUCAAUAAGAAUACGUAGUAUUGUCGCAUUCGUCGCUGGUCGAUAAAAGUAGAUUAAUAUUUACAAUCUAUGAUUCAUCGCUGGUCGAUACAAAAAUAACUGCCGUAUGAUUCGCGAUUUAAGCAAUAAAGUUGUAUAAUAUUCUUUCCAAGAAUUGUCUUAAAUUCUUCACAAAUUUAACAUUUAAAAAAUCUGUAAUCCAAAUACAAAAUAUUUAAAUUCAACUUACUAUAUAUUUACAUUUACACCAAACAAAGUCAAGAUAAUUUACAUUUGGUUUAUUUCCAAAGGUGCAAUGACUAAUUCCACAAAAAUGAAUAAAUUAUUCGAAGACGUAUUCAACACGUUGACUGCCACGAGAAUUUUCGAGCGUUCCGUAUAAUAUUACUUAUUCUUUAGUAAAGAAUAAAGUAAUAAAUAAUUUACUAAUGUAACAAAGGUAAAUGGUACUAGAAUUAAUUAUCAAUGACUUGGUACCACAGUUCUUAAGUUAUACUUUUAUUUAGUUGUCCAUGUGACUAAAUAUUUUUUAAAUAAAACUUUUUAUUACAAUUGUUUUCAAGCAAUUUAGAAGCUGAUCAGUGACCACCAUGACGGUCAACGUGUUAAUAUUUUCAUUUAUAUCUCAGGAUCGUAGUACUACGCGACCGUUAACGACCGAUAAACCUUUCGCGGACAGCGCGUCAACGAUCGGCGCCCCUUCGAUCGAAAAGUGACGUGAUCAACGUCCGAAACUUCCCGUCGCUAUGCUCUCGCGUUAUCGUUCAUCUUCGUAAGUGCGAACAAACAGGUAGACUUUCUGCAACACACGUCGUUCACGUUGGCUGGGGACGGAAAAUUCGAAAGUAUCUUAGAAACUUUUGUCAAGGGAUACACCGUGAGUUGGCCGUGUGUUCGUCGAACAAGAAUAUUCCCCGGCGGACUGUGUGUUGCUCGAAAUUCUACUAACUCAGUGUGUAAGCGUAGAUGUUUUAGUGUGUGAUCGAAGUGUUAACAAUGGAUCGCUGUAUCGAAUUAUAAGGCGCUCCCGGGGUCAUGGAAAUGGCGGAGGACUCGUUUGACGCAGCACACGGUGAAUACAUUGGCACAAAAGGAAUUCGAAAGUAUUUCGAAUGGAUAUAUUUAUAAUGGAAAUGUUGUACUCGAAGAAUAAUAGGUUCUUUGAAAUUUCUGUAUGAAUAAUUGAG